ACAAUCACAACAAUUACUACUGCAGAAACAUCUACCACUAGUUCAGCAGAAACGUCUACAAGAACUACAGCAGAAACAUCCACCACUAGUGAAGCAGAAACAUCUACAACAACAGAGACUUCAACAAUUACAACAACUCCAGUUGAAACAUCCACCAUUAUCACAGAAGAAACAUCUACAACAACAGAGCCCUCCACAAUCACAACUACUACAGCAGAAACAUCUACCACUAAAACGUCUACAACAACAGAGACUUCUGCAAUUACAACAACUCCAGUUGAAACAUCCACUAUCACAGCAGAAACAUCUACUACAACAGAGCCCUCCACAAUCACAACUUCUGGAGAAACAUCUACCACUAGUGAAGCAGAAACAUCUACAACAACAGAAACUUUCACAUUCACAACAACUACUCCAGAAACAUCUAUCACUAGUACAGAAACAUCUACAACAACAGAAACUUCCACGAUCAAAACAACUUCUCAAGGGAUCGGUCUUCACCACAUCAGAACUUGCUUUCAACUCUAUGCAGACUGUGCCAUCAGAACUCCAAAUUGCAGAAGCAUUACUGAGUGA